AAACACUUGAUCUGAUAUGUUAAUGUAAAUGAAUUGUUAAACUACUACACGGGUUCGAAAUAUUUUUGCAUUAGCGUUGUUCUUCUCUGUAGUCCAUUUAUUUCAUGUCUUUGUAUGGUAAUUGCACAUUUGCUUCUAUCCAUUUACCAUUGAUGGGAAGCUUUGUCUUGUUAGAACUGUGGUUAUAUGGUUUAGUUUGUGCAUCUUUGUAAAAUCUGCAGGAUGGCUUCUACUAGUCUCCGACGAUUCCAAAAUUUCAUAUUGUAAUAUUUCUUUGGUGAAAGAGUCAUUGAAUUAACAGAAAUUGAAGAGUUGUGUGUGGAAGCCAGAGAUGUCUGUAUAAGAACAAAAAUAUAGAUAUUGGCUAACUUGUAUAGAAUCUUUCACUGAUUAAAUUUAUACGUAGUAUGUCGGUAUGUUUCUGAUUGGGUGUUAAAAUCCCAAGUCGGGUUCUGCACUUCUAGCAGCCCUGAUUUUUGAAUAGAUGAAACAUCCUCCUAUAGUUCUAAAUCGUCAAUUGUGUAGCGAAGUUUCUGGUUCUGUGCUUAGCUAAUGCUGGAGAUAUUAGUCUUGAAAUUCUAUUUACAUGUCUUUUUGUUGUGUAAGUUCCUUCUUGUCAAUAUAAAGGCUCGAACCAUUUUUGCUGUGUGGUGGUUGUGGCCAUUAUUAAAACUGAGGUCGGGUGGUUGGGGUUGAUCUGUAGGUGACACCACAUGUUCAUUGUGCGUAAGUUAUUUAAUUCUUCGAGGACAAAUCUCAGGGAGUGGUACAUGAUGCUGCCUGAAACUGUCUGCUUGAAAAUCUAAUUCCCCUUUUCUAUCUUGGUGUAGGAACAGAGUUGGUUUACAGUUUACACAUUCCAAAUUGUUGUGCUAAUUCAAAUGGAUAUGGAUAAAUGAUUUGAUUAUUUCUAUAUAUGUUUUAAAUGCUACAAUGGUUAGAUCCACAGUGGUCCAGGAUGCAUAUAUGUGUGUGUGUGUAAAUUUGGAUGUUGAGUAGAAGUAAUGAUUGAACUCAUCAUGUUUGUCGACCUCUAUUUUCGAAUAUUAUUUCCAAAGUCUUGAAGUGUUUGUUUUUCCUUUACAGGUUGCGUUACUCGUCUCAAAGAAGUAUCAUCCACCAUCCCCUUUUACACUCUGUAGACAUGUAUGCUACCAGAAGGGAUUGAUGAGUUUCGUGAUUGGAUUAACCGUAGCUUUCUUUCGGACAUCUUGUUAGUUUGGAUAUGGUUUGUUUAGGGGCUGGAUGUUUUCAGAAAUACAAGGCUAAUUAAGUGCAUCUCUUCAAGAUAGCUAGCUUUUGAUUCAGGUCCAAAUAUCUUGGGGCUCCUUCAUUAGAAUUAUUCGAGGUUGCAGAGACAGACUUUGCAGGAAGCUUCUAUUUUACAUGGAGGCUAUACUUGAAGGACUUCGGAUAUCGCCUAUGGCACCGGAGCUUCUCAUUCAUUUUUCUCAAGUUAUUCGAUCGAAUGCUGGCUGUAAGUGGUAGCUUGUUGAUUUAUAUACUGCUAGCAUCUUUGUUUAGCCAAAUGGUGAUGAAUUAGAUUCACCAUUUUUCCCUGCCUCAUGACAAAUUUUCGAAAGAUUCGAUUAGUCGGCCACACUCUUUGCUCUUACAUGGUCUACUGAUUUUGUGAAGUUGAUGGGUAAUAGAUUUGGGUAAAUGUGGUGAAUUUAAAGCAGAUGGUUGCUUUGGGAAGACACAGGGAGCUGAGUUAUUGGAUUUAUAGCCAACAUUGGAUCAAGAACCAGUUUUAUGGCUGAGAUUUAGGCCAUUUACUUUAAGGGAAAGAUAAAGAUAGGGAGUUGGGUCAAAUUUUUGUUGAGUAUAUUCCACCUUGGAAAAUGUUGGGAAACCCCGUAGUUUAUCCACUUACUAUCAAUUAGUUUUGAGUUGGAACUGGAAUUCUUUAUUAGAUUCUAAGGUGUUAUUAAUGUUUAUAAAUAUUAGACAAAUUUUAAGCUUGAAUCAAUAUAUUAAAUUUUUAAUGAAUAAUAACAAAGUUGUACUUUGAGAUGAGAUGUAUGCAGGCAGGUUUUGCAAAAGUGGAAGAACAACCAUUGAAUGUGCUGCAGCCAAGUUUGUGUUAAUUAUAGCAGGGUACAGCUAUUGAAGCGGUGAGUACAAUCACAUGUAUGACGUGGAAGAAACCAGUUUGGUCCAUAUUUUGACUGAAGUCUCCCUCCGCACCCAGCGCAUUUUAGAAGUAAGCCCUCGUCAACAGAUCUGUAGUCAUUUACAGAGUCUUGUCCCUUUCCCAAAUGCUAAACCCCAUACUCCUCCUACCCUACCCUACCCCCCUCCCCCCCAGCCCAGAGCCUGAGUAUAUCUUGAAUAAAGGGUAUCUAUCUCUCUCCUAGCUCUCCUUCCCAUUUCAUCACUUCAAUGGCACACCAAAUCAGCCACAGGCGCAUCUUAGCAGCUCCACAACCCCAAGAAACAGCCAUGGAUCCCACACCCAAAAGGCACCCUAAACCAAGCCCCUCCACCACCACCGCCGCCGCCGCUAAACACCACCUCACUCACCCCCUCCCAGAUCCCACCACCGCCACCACCCCUCCCUCCACCAUCCAAACCAUAUCCCAUCGCUUCUCCAAACUCUGCACCCAUCACAAGCUUCUCCCUAAUUCAUUGAAGCCUCAUUCCCAACCCAAGAACCUAAUCUUGGACUCCUCUUGCUCCACUUUGACCAAAUCAAGCAGCCAGAAAGAGAGAAUCACCACCCUCCAUCCAACCCUAGCCAAAACCAAAAAUGACAACAACAACAUCGUCAAGAAGCCAUCUUCCAAGAAAUUCCUCAAGAAACCAUCCUUUGAGGAGUCAGAUGUCAAGAAAUCAUCCCAAUUAUUGUCAAGGAGCAUGGACAGUGAAGGGGCAGUGGUGAAGAAGAAGGGCUUUGAAGAAGGCCCUGAGAUGAGAACAGGAAGGAUCUCUCUCUCUCUAUCAUCAUCGAUCCCUCCUGCAGUCAAUGGAGGGAGAAGAAGGUCAUUCUGCAACUCACAGGUUGAGUUGAAUGACUUCUUGUCUUGCAGUGGUGUCAAAGUUGUGGCUGUUGAUAUGCCCCCGUUUAUGCAGAUUCAUGCUGUCGAUUGUGCAAGAAAAGCUCAUGAUAGCCUCGAAAAGUUCACAUCCAAAACCCUUGCUUUCACUCUCAAAAAGGAAUUUGAUGGGGUAUAUGGACCUGCUUGGCACUGUAUAGUAGGGACUAGUUUUGGUUCAUUUGUGACACAUUCAGUGGGUGGAUUUAUCUAUUUCUCUAUGGAUCAUAAGCUAUACAUCCUUCUCUUCAAAACCACUGUACAAAGAGCUGAAUGAACCCCCCCCCCCCCCCCCCCCCACC